UUCUCCACAUUCCAUUUUUCUAUUAAUUAAAAUUACUUAUUGUUUUUCCCUUCAAAUUUUUUAUUAUCCAUUGAUCUUGUUUCUCUCUCCCAAUCUCUCGGUUAUAUACUCUUUCCUUUCUUGCAUUUCCCCUUCUCUUUGGCCUCUUUUGCGGGAUAAAAGGGACCUCCGGUGGCUUUUGAGAUUCAAGAGAUAAAAAUGGCUGAGCCAAACCUAGGGAGACCUUUGAUCCUGCACUCAUCAAGAAAGCUCCCUGAUUUUAAGAAAUCCGUGAAGUUGAAAUAUGUGAAGCUUGGAUACCAUUACCUCAUCACCCAUGGAAUGUAUCUCUUCCUGUCUCCUCUUGUUAUUGCAAUUGCUGCACAGCUCUCGACAUUUUCUCUUCAGGAUCUAUAUGAUCUUUGGGAGAAUCUCCAAUACAACCUCAUUUCUGUGAUCAUCUGCUCAACUCUCCUUGUUUUCUUGUUCACCCUCUACUUUCUGACCCGUCCUCGUCCAGUUUACCUUGUCAACUUCUCAUGCUACAAGCCUGAGGAAUCUCGGAAAUGCACAAAAAAGAUCUUCAUGGAUCAGUCUUGCUUGGCUGGUACAUUUACGGAGGAGAAUCUUGCGUUUCAGCGUAAGAUCCUUGAAAGAUCUGGACUUGGGGAUUCAACUUACCUUCCGGAGGCUGUCCUCAAUAUUCCCCCUAAUCCAUCAAUGAAAGAAGCAAGGAAAGAGGCAGAAGCUGUGAUGUUUGGUGCCAUUGAUGAGCUUCUGGCUAAGACUGCUGUAAAACCCAAAGAUAUUGGAAUAUUGAUUGUGAACUGUAGCUUGUUUAAUCCAACUCCAUCUCUGUCUGCCAUGGUUAUCAACCAUUACAAGCUUCGAGGGAAUAUAGUUAGCUACAACUUGGGAGGAAUGGGUUGCAGUGCAGGCCUGAUCUCCAUAGAUCUUGCUAAGGAUCUUCUCCAGGUCCAUCCCAACUCCUAUGCAUUAGUUAUCAGCAUGGAGAACAUCACUUUGAAUUGGUACUUUGGGAAUGAUCGAUCAAAACUUGUUUCAAAUUGCUUGUUCAGAAUGGGAGGUGCAGCAAUACUGCUCUCAAACAAAAGCUCUGACAGAAGAAGAUCCAAAUAUCAAUUGGUUCACACUGUUCGCACCCACAAGGGUGCUGAUGACAAGUGCUUCGCAUGUGUUACUCAAGAGGAAGACUCAACAGGGAAGAUUGGUGUUUCUCUGUCAAAGGAUCUCAUGGGAGUCGCUGGUGAUGCUUUAAAGACCAACAUUACCACAUUGGGUCCUCUGGUUUUGCCAAUGUCUGAGCAGCUGCUAUUUUUUGCAACAUUGGUUGGGAAGAAACUUCUCAAGAUGAAGAUCAAGCCUUAUAUCCCAGAUUUUAAGCUAGCUUUUGAGCAUUUCUGCAUUCAUGCUGGAGGAAGAGCUGUCCUGGAUGAGCUGGAGAAGAACUUGCAGCUGUCUAAUUGGCACAUGGAGCCAUCAAGAAUGACUCUUUACCGCUUUGGCAACACUUCAAGCAGUUCUCUUUGGUACGAAUUGGCCUAUACAGAAGCCAAGGGAAGGAUGAAGAAGGGAGACAGGACAUGGCAAAUAGCAUUUGGUUCAGGAUUCAAAUGUAACAGUGCAGUGUGGAAGGCUCUAAGGACUGUAAACCCGGCAAAGGAGAAAAGCCCAUGGAUGGAUGAGAUCCAUCAGUUCCCAGUUGAUGUCCCCAAGGUAUCGGCGAUCUAAAGUAAGAAACUAGUGCUCCCUGUCAAAGUGGCAAUAAUUCUUUUCCUGGGAUUUAUCCUUAAUUUUAGUGAAAUGAGUGUUAGUUUGUGGUCAAUAGCAGGGUGAUUUGCAUUUUAUUAUUUGAUGAUAGUCAUCUCAGAGGGGUUUCUACUUUCUAUGCAUGUAUGAGUGGAAUCAGUCAUUUUGCCACAAUUUUGGGAAAACAGGGUUUCUUGGAUGAUCUUACGGCAAAGAUUGUUCAGCAUUUCAUACUAAGAUGACUUUAUGAAGAGGCAUGGCUAUUAUUUUCUAGAUCUUUAUGACGUGGUCUAAAGAUUGGUAUUGGGAUUUGCAGCUGUAACUAAUUUAAUUAAGCAAGACCAUGAAACUAAUUUCCAGCAAUGGUUCACUAUAAUCUUCUUUUAAGCUUUGUAGGGUAAUUCUUUUGCGGUUUGUAGUUUUAACUUUUUACUGCUGUCGAUUUGCUGCACAAUUUGAGUCAUGAAACUAAUUUCAAGCGGUAGUUCACUCUAAU